AAAAAACAAAAAAAAAAAGAAUGAAAAUGAAAUUGCUAAAUUUUCAUUUUGCCAUUAUCGUUAUCCUUAUCUCAUUGGCCGCUAACGUCAUAGCAAUUAAAGAUGCUGUUUGCGGUUUACCGGAUUCAGCGGAUGGUGAUGGUAAGAUAGCUUGCGUUGCAUAUAUUCCAUCCUGGACUUACCGAUCGGCCACUAAUGAGUGCAUACAGUUCAUCUAUGGUGGCUGCGGCGGUAAUAAAAAUCGUUUCUUUACUCAAGAAGAUUGCGAAAAUAAGUGCAAAGAAUGAUUAAAUAAAAAUCUUUUCUUAAAAUUCCAGUUGUUCUCAUUUUAAAACUAUGCAUCAAUGGUGUACGUUGGCGUUAUGACAUAAAUUUAAAACGCUAUCUAUUCAUUCGUAGAUAAAGGUGGAAAGUAGUAGUAGUUGGAAAGGAAAGUUCAAAGUUUUUGUUUUGUGUGGACAGAAUAUAAUCUUUCUAAUUGCUUGGACGUUUCGUUUAUGACAUACAGAACUGUUUAUCCGACCCUUCAAAACUCGGAUCAAUAAAUGUCCGUCAAAAGAUUUGGAGAUGGUUUA